CUGGCGGGCGCAGCAAUAUCAUGGUAGCUCCGAGGCGACAAGCAGUCAUUCUGGCUAUCAUCACCAUUCUUCUUCUUUUCACCAUCAUCCUCUGGAAACACCCUUCCGGACUUUUACCAGUCCUUUCACAUCAGUCAUCGCCCAACAUGUCGAUCACUCACAUUGUCAUGUUCCAAUUCAAAGCUGAGGUGAGCCCCGAAGUAAUCAAAGAUGUGUGCUCCCGUAUGCUCGCUUUGAAAGAUAAUUGUAUACACCCCACCUCACAAAAGCCAUACAUCCAGGCCGCAUCGGGCGGGCAGGACAACUCGCCCGAAGGCAUCCAAAACGGCAUCACCCACGCUUUUGUGGUGCACUUCGCGAGUGCUGAAGAUCGUGAUUACUAUGUGUCCAAGGAUCCAGCUCACCUGGCAUUCGUCAAAAGUCUGGAUGGUAUCAUCGAGAAGGCGCAGGCGGUUGACUUUACGGAUCGCGUUUAUUGAUCUGCUGCUUAGCACCUUUGGGCUCAAUGCAAGGGAGUUGAGGAUGUUCCCAUCCUCGUACCCCUCGGUCGCCUGAAACAUUAGUUCUAAUCUCAUUGUUAGGUGAAUGUGUACACUUAUGGUUGUAACGUAUUGAGCUGCCCUAGGUAUCCUGAUAAUAAAGUCUUAACA